AUGCAAGCGCCAGCCGACUGCCACCUCUGUGAACUCCUUGUCUGUCUGGACUCUCUUUUGCUGGAUAAGGGUCUUGUCUUCCUCACUCUAAUUGGUGAGGUUGUCGCGAUUACCGCAGCUACGCCAGAACUGCCUCCAACACCCAAGCAGACAACCAAAUUUACAAGACUUUCAAUGAUCAUCAGCAAGCCACAGUUGGAGCCUGUGGACGUGCAGCGCCACAACAAUGACUGCUGUCCAACAGCAAUAGCCCUGCACCAUGCCCAAUUGGUCUUCUCUGCUGCCGCUUUCACCGCCUUGGGAGCAUUGACUUGCAGCUUAUGCAGAAGAUCCAUCAUUUGCAAGGAUAAGCCCAGGUAUCUGUUCUUGUGCUCCCUGAGUGAAGAAUCUUGGGCUGGGGUAAAGUGUUACACCAGCAUCAAGGUGGAUAAGAAGAGCGUGCCCUACGAGACGGAGCUGGCAGCAAGUGCUUCUCACCAGGUGGGACUUGUCAUCAACCAGAUGUUUUGGGUCAAGCAGGCUCAGAAAAUUGCAGAGGAAGACAGUGCAGGUGCAGAAGGCCAGGAGGAAGAGGAUGAUGUGUCGGACAGCAAGCUGCAGAGAAUCUCGAGGUCGCCGACAUUUAAGCGCUCCUCCAUGGCCCUCACUUCCUCCUCGCCCAGCAAAAGGGUGCGCAAGGAGGAGCCCACAAACAAGCUGCUGCGCUGUGCAAAGAUUGCAAGCCAGCGUGGCAAGAAAGACCUCAUUGAUGUCUUUUUGGAGGAAGCAGCCAAGCAAUACAAAGCGUGUAUGAAAGAUGGAGGAAAGUUGGAGCGCAGAAAGCUGGUGAACAAGGAGCAGGCCUUUCUCACCAAGCUGAUGGAGGAGAUGGGAGAAGAGGGCCCACUCUUUGAGUCUCUGGGAGAGCUGUACGAUCAUGUACUGUUGGGAAAAGAGGCUUACAUGCUCAUAUUUGGCGGCCAAGGCACCUUCAAGCCCAGCAUGUGCCUUGACAUCAUCUGUGGGCACAUCAAGCACCUUGUUGAUUGCUAUUGGGCUUUUGAGCAGACGCUGUCUGAUCUUGGACAAUCACUCCAACUUGCUGUCAGUACUGGCAAUGCUACCUCUAUUGGCAUUCUGCAUCACAACCUUAGCAUCAUUGAUCAUGAGAUGAGCAGUGCGCCAUGGACAGAGCUCCUGAUUGAGAUGCAUCACAGCAAGCUCAUGGGGAGUCCCAAUCUUCUUAAAACUGCUGGCACCGAUGUCAAGAAGAUCAGCAAGGAUCUGGACAACAAACAUCAAGACAGCCUGCAAUACAAGAACAGCUCUAGCCAUGAGCUUUUGACUGUGCUCAAGCUCAUGCUUCUGAUGCCAGCUCCCCCGACGCCUUAG